CACAGCAUGCGCGGGAAGUUAGGCCGCGAUCAGCGUCUGGGACCAGCAACCACAAUGCCAAUACUUUAAACCUAACGCAUUGUCAGUCAAAUGAUUAAAUGACAUAAAAAUUGGAGGAAGUUAGGUCACACUUUUCCAAAGAUUAUGGAAAACUUUCAGAAAAUUGAGAAAAUUGGAGAAGGAACGUAUGGUGUUGUGUACAAAGCUCGGGAUAAGUACAACCCAGAGCGCUAUGUUGCUUUGAAGAAAAUCCGGCUGGAUGCUGACUCUGAAGGUGUGCCUAGUACAGCAAUACGAGAGAUCUCUCUCUUGAAAGAGUUAGAUCAUCCAAAUGUUGUGAAAUUGCUAGAUGUUCUUCAUUAUGACAAGAAAUUAUAUCUGGUGUUCGAAUACCUAAACAGAGACCUCAAGAAAUACCUGGAAAAUGCCCCACCUGGUGGACUUCCACCAGCACUUAUAAAGAGCUACCUACAUCAGCUUCUGGCUGGAGUUGCAUAUUGUCAUGCCCAUAGAGUGUUGCAUCGGGAUCUGAAGCCUCAGAAUUUGCUUAUUGACAUCAAAGGCAACAUCAAGUUGGCAGACUUUGGUCUGGCUCGGGCUUUUGGUGUGCCAGUUCGAACAUACACUCAUGAGGUUGUGACACUGUGGUACCGUGCCCCAGAAAUCCUGCUUGGAAGCCGAUUUUACUCUGUUUCCGUCGAUGUCUGGAGCCUUGGCUGUAUUUUUGUGGAGAUGAUUAUUCGCAGAGCACUAUUUCCUGGGGACUCUGAGAUUGACCAGUUGUUCAGAAUUUUCAGAACUCUUGGUACUCCUGAUGAAAGUACAUGGCCAGGUGUGACAAAACUGCCUGACUAUAAAUCGACCUUUCCCAGGUGGCCACCAACUAGCAUACAGGAGGUGGUUCCAUCUUUAGAAGCUCAGGGCUUGGAUUUACUGGAUCGGAUGCUGACAUAUGAGCCUAGCAUGCGAAUUUCAGCACGCAAUGCCAUGAAUCAUCCGUACUUCAGCGACUCUGCUAUCUGGCGGAGUGAUACUAUUGCCUGAGCAGUGAGUCAGAAGCUUAUCAAAGUAAACACCUUUCUUGGGCAGACAAAUGAGUAAAACUGAUACUUAUUAAGUCUAUCAAGAAAAGUUAUAAUUUACACAGACUGCAUGAAUAAAGCAGGGACUUGCUGUACCAGUCACAUUAGAGGACCUUGCUUUCUUCCCCAGUGGGAUGAAGACUACAAGAUAGUUUUAGUGAGGCACAGCAUCUGACAGCAGAUGUAAAAUUAUCAAAGGAAGUGUAGGUGGUGAUGUUGAAUGGUUUCAUAUCCAUGCCUGUAUAUUUCACAGACUAAAAUAUUUGAAAUAGCAUUUGUGACUGUAGCUUCAGGAGGUGCAUGUCAAAGCAGCAGCAUUUCAUCUCCAGGAACUUACAUUUGGUAGCAGAUCUUGGAGGGCUAUGGUUUCCAGAGUUUCCAAUGCUAGCUUAGUUAAAAUAACUGAACAUACUGUUGUCAGUAAACUUCCAAUACUUGUCACAUGAGGGCUUUUCUUUAGAAUUGAUUGUAAGCAUUCAAGAUGGUAGUUGUCCAUUAAUUUCCACUUCUCACUUAUAGUGUCAGUAUCAUCAUAGUGGGGCUAAUCAGAUAUGGUGACUUGAGUACUUAAGUAAAUUAAGAGUUUCUCGGUGCACCAAGACAUAGAGAUUGUCUCUUGAUAAGCACCACAAACCAUUAUCUGAGAUUCAUUCAUUUCAUUUUUCAUUUUGUUUUAUCUGUUAGAUAUAAUUGAUAGUGGAGUUAUUCUUUCUGAAGCUUACUUGCUCUUGUCCUAGUAGGUUGUUGACUUCCAAAAAGAUGUAUAAUUGUGUUAAGAAUACUAGUAAAUAGCUUGUCAGUGUAGCUCAGCCUGGUUAUACCUAAGCAUCACCUCUACCCUUAUACAGUAGAUGGAUCAUUUGGAUUGACAGUGUUUCUGAGAUUUUGACACACUGUAAAACAAGGUUGAACAAUGAGGUUAAUAUACUUAUUUAUUUUAGCAAAGAGGCUUUAUAAAAAUUCAUUUUGAAUAGGGGUGCCUGUCGCAACUCUGGGGCGGAGUCUGUAGAUUUGGUAGGCGGUAUGAUAUCUGACACUCGGUCUAACACACCAUCGAUACCCCCACCAAAUCACGUAAACAUUUCACUGCAUGCGCUUGUACUAAAUUGCAGAUCUACACUCUUAUAACUAGCUUUACAUGAGCCUCCAGCAUGCAUCACCCCAAUGAAAGAAAACUCAAGGCAAUUUAGUACGUUUUAAAGAUUACUAUAAUUUACCAGCAAUAUAACGGAAUAAAGUAUCUUGGUAAUAAGUUGUCUCCCCUAACUUGGCUGGUCCCCUAGGUCGUCCCGUUCCCAAUUGUUUCCCCUUACAUCUAAUGUGUCCAGAUAACUAAUGAGUCACUGUUCAAUUAACUUUAAAUCUAAUCACACACACAAUACACUACUUCGCACAACACAUGCUCGUCACUUAUCUCGUUACACCAAUAGUCACAUGCACGUGGAGGCCUCCGCAGUUCGACGUCCCAGAACUGUUUGGGUCACGGUCAGUUGCGACGGCUUCUCUGUCUCCAGCGCAGAGACUCUGGCACUGUCUUGUUUACCACAGACUCAGUCGUGGCAUUCUUACUCUAGUCUUGCCGUGUGUCACCCCGGCUCUUUUGUCCCUUUAGAUCUGGGCGUUGAUUCAACUGCAGCACCUCUCGGGGACCGACGCUCAUUCACCAGAUUCAGCUUCUGCUGGUUUCAUCAACAGCUGUUGGUACUGAAGCAAUAUAUACUCUGUUACAGAGCGGGUCAACGCACCUCUGAAAUCACCUGUUAAGUUGACACACUUCUCAGGCAGGAUUGCAGUGAAGACUUUAGGCAGCUUUGAGCCGACUUCAGUCAACUUUACUUGACAAAAAUUGCAUGUGAAAGACCCAGACGCUGAUGUCACUCCCCAGAAGUUUCUAGCCAAAAACGCUCCGCUUGCCUCUAGAUCUUUCUGUCCAAACUAACCCCGUUCUGUUGGCCCAUUAUGCCACAUGACACACCACAAUCAAUCACGCCUCACAGCCACCACGAGCCUAAGCUUCCACCCGCACCCACGUAAAUGACGUAAUUUCUCUCUCUACCCCCACUCUUUCACGACAGUGCCUAACCUAAGGCCUGGUCAUUUUAACCAGACACAACAUAAUUUCAUUUUUAACGUCAUGAUUCUGGCAAAGCUGCUAUGUUCUGGCCCGCAAGAUUUUGUAUCACGUCCAGUUCAGCCCUCGGGCAAGAAAAGGUUGGGCACCACUGAUUUAGAACAUUAUCAGCACUACAUACCAAAACCUCCUUGUACCUCAUCAGUAGAUAUCUCUAUUUUCAGUAAAUCAUUAAUAAUUGUAUCACCAUCCAUGUCCAAGGGCUUUAUCAGGGAGGAUAUCUAAAUAUUUCGAAGUGGUGCACAAAUUUCACAUGAUUAUUCCUAUUUGUAGCAGAUGAGUUAAGAUUUGGGAUUCUUACAUUGCAUGGUUUAUAGCUUCUUAUGGCAAAGACUUCUGUAUUUGCCAUACUCCUUAUUUAGUUUUGUUUGAUUUGUUAUUUUUGAAGGCUUGUUUAAUAUUGUCACAAUUAGGUUGCUUGGCUUUACGGAGCUCCUUCCGUUUCUGGCUACAUUCAUAAUCAAACUAGCGGAUGCCCUUUAUUAGUAGCUUUGUUGGUUUUUUUUUUAACACUGAUAAGUAUUUGCCAUGAAUACAUUUUUUCUACAGACAUAAUGAUAUUAGUUUUUCAGACACUUCAUUUACAGUCACUUGGGUAACAUGAAUAUUUUCUAAUAGUCUGCUUAAUAAAACAGCUGUAUCAUUAACAUGAUCCUCGCUGAUACUAUUAAGAAAAUUCCUUCCUCCAGGCUGGUCUACUUAAACCACAUGUUAUUUUUUUCUGAUUAUCACAUGUAUGCUUAGGGUUGUCCGGUGGCAUAAUGGGAAUCUUAGUGGUUUGUUUGUCUUUGCUAUUUUUAGAAGUAUUUUCAUACUAAACAAACUUGAAACUCCCAUUCCUUGCUGUUGACUUGUGAUGGAGUGUCAAAAAACCCCCAAAAAACAACAGACUCCUGUUAUCAAAUUCGCUACCUUGUGUAAUUGUGGAUCAGGUUUGCCACAGAGACUGAUACUAAAUCUGUUAUGAAUUAAAUGAAUUGCAGUGACUUGAACACUCAGCUAACAGCAAGUGCCUUGCAUUCUCCUGUCCCUACUCUACUUUGUAACAGCUGUAAUUAUUCAUGCAGACAGCUGACACAAGUUGUUGCCAUAUUUUGUUGAUUGUGACGCAGCCGGUGCUGAGAAACUAAAUGCUAAAGUGCAUUUUUUUAAUUGUGUGCAUAUUUGCAUGUGCCUGUGUGUGUGUGUGUGUGAGAGAGAGAGAUUAGAUACAGAUGUCUUACCACUUAUUCUGCAACAUCAAGCAGUGACACCAAUGUGUCCAGAACUCUAACUACUUUAACAAAACUUAAGGCUUGUUGGCUGGUUGGUUACUUCAUUUCAGUACUCAGUUUUGUAGCUAUAAAUCAACGAAUAGUAAACAAUCCAUUUUGUGUUCACAAUCAUUUGACAUUCUCCACUAGAUAGAGGAAAGUACUGACACAACCUGAGCUUUCUUUGUUGUAGGAUCAGAAUGUGCCCCUUUUAUUGAGUGCAAGUUAAGAAAUGACCAAUAUGUAUAUGCUUCUUCAAUGUUUGAAAACCAGGUUUCCAAAGCUAAAUAUUUUUUUUAUGAAUUUCUUUGACACAGACAACUUGUCAAAGAUAUGCUUGUGCCUAUAAUUUUUGUUUUCCAGCUGGCAUUGUCCGAUCUUAGACUUAUUUUUGCAGUAGCAUUUCAGAGGUCUGUCUACUCUGUGUGUGUGUGAGAAGAGAGAGAGAAACAAGAGUGACACUGGGAAAAAGAAACCCAAUUUCUUUGACAUUUGAACUACAGACCUUACAAGAUGUAAUAUUUUUAUCAAUGUACAUGUUGUCUGACUGAGAACAUACAAUGUAUUAAAUGGCAGUCAUAUUUCUUUUCUACUUAAUGAUGUUAAAUCUCAUGUCUGGUUAGUUAUGCUAUAGUUUGCAUGCUGUUAAGUGUUGCCAUAAAUAUGAUCAUUCAUAUUGAUGUGGUUAUUCCUAGACCGAUGUAUCUCCACUCGGCAUUCAGGUGCUCUUUUAGCCAGUUACUUUAUCAGUUAAAAUAAAUAUUAUUGUCUGGAAAAGCUU